AUGACCGAAGAGUUCUUCGCUAAAGCCACACCAGGACUAAAGGGCUAUUGCCUCUCAGACGAUCAAAUUGAUACCUUGAAAGCAUGCAUCGAGGGAAAAACAACAGUUGAAGAAGCGAAACGAGUGUUGACAGCAUAUCCGUCAGCCUCAUCGACACCCCUCGAAUUGCAGCAGAGGUUAGCAGGGCUCUGGACUCUUCUGAUCACGACCGCUGUCGGGCUAGUCGAUGCUCAGCCCACUAUCAUUUCUAUCUUGCAGAGAACCCGUACCCUCCCAUGGGAGGAGGAGCCUACUGGUGAAGGAGAAGGGUUUAUGGACUUUGACGAUGGCUUCUUUUGGCGGGAGCUUACCGACUGGGCUAGCAGCUGGGCUGAUGACUAUAACCACUACGGCGCACAAUACCUAAUCGAAAAAUCUGAAGGAAAAGAGCGCGAGAGACGGCAAGUUGAGUGGAUAAGUGCCAACACAUUCGCCGCUCGGCUGGCUUCAACAGGCGACAGGAUAAUCGCCCUGUGUGGUGCAGCCCUCGACACAGCUGGAUACAUCACGAUGAAGAAUCUCGAAAAGACAGACCACGAGAGUGAUCCUACAUGCAUCGAAGCAGCCGCUCAGCUCUUUAUAUACGCGGCACCUGAGCUGUUUUGCCUCGUGAGAGCUGACCCCAACGCUAAAGACAUACACAGCGUGUGGAGCCAGCAUGAACGUCGGCUUCUAGCUAAGGAGGAGAAUUAUUCGGGAGACAGGUGGAAAACUUGGAGGGAGAAAUGGACUCAUCUGGCAGAGAUGGAAAGUCUUCCGCAGAGGACUCGAGAGGUUUCCCGGAUGGCUUUGGAGGCGAUGGAUCGGGUCAAGCAGCAAGACAUUCAGUAA